GACAGCGCCAGAUGACGUAGAGUGAAAACAUCCAUUCCGGGAGAGUGAAGAGAACACAUUUGCUGAAAGGCAGUUAGAAAUUAAAAGGGUGCGCCUGCUGGACGUGGUGUGUCCGAAAUCGAACAGAAAAACCAUACUUUCCUCUUCAAUAAUGUGUUUUAUACUUUAACAGUGCGAUUGUCGAUUGUUCGGACCACAGCCGUGCCGAUCGUAAUGCAUCUAAAGACUUUUCUAGUGUAGUAUACGAGAUUUUUGUGUUUUAUUGUGGUGUGUUGGAAAUUUUGGUGAAGCAAAAUGGCGCAUCCUCUGCCCCCUUCGGUGAAUUGCUCGCUGAACGAUAUAGAUUUAACUGCUCUAAAGGACCCGGCAGGAAUAUUCGAGUUAAUAGAAGUGGUCGGCAAUGGCACAUAUGGACAAGUAUACAAGGGCCGUCACACGAAAACCGGCCAGCUGGCCGCCAUAAAGGUGAUGGACGUGACGGAGGACGAGGAGGAGGAAAUCAAGUUGGAAAUCAACGUGCUGAAACGGUACUCCGAUCACCGGAACAUAGCCACGUAUUACGGGGCGUUCAUAAAAAAAUCGCCGCCCGGCAAGGACGACCAACUGUGGCUCGUCAUGGAGUACUGCGGGGCAGGUUCUGUAACCGAUUUGGUAAAAUCCACCAAAGGCCAAUCUCUGAAAGAAGAAUGGAUUGCCUAUAUCUCCAGGGAAAUGUUAAGGGGGCUUUCCUACCUGCAUUCAAACAAAGUCAUACACAGGGACAUUAAGGGGCAAAACGUCCUUCUGACGGACAACGCUGAAAUUAAAUUGGUUGAUUUCGGUGUGUCGGCUCAGCUAGAUAGAACAAUUGGCAGACGUAACACCUUCAUUGGCACGCCAUAUUGGAUGGCUCCGGAAGUAAUAGCUUGCGACGAGAAUCCGGAAGCGACAUAUGACAAUCGUAGCGAUUUGUGGUCUUUGGGAAUCACAGCUUUGGAAAUGGCGGAAUCUCAACCCCCACUGUGCGAGCUGCAUCCAAUGCGCGCCCUCUUCCUGAUCCCCCGUAACCCUCCUCCGCGGCUGAAGAGCCGCAAGUGGAACAAAAAGUUCCAAUCGUUCAUCGAAACAGUAUUAGUCAAGGAUUACCACGACCGGCCCUACACCGAACAACUCCUCAAACACCCAUUCAUAAGGGACCAGCCCACAGAAAGGCAAGUUAGGAUACAACUGAAAGAUCACAUUGACAGGUGUAAAAAGCGGAAGCAAGAGAAAGAAAGGGAAGACUACAGGUAUUCUGGUUCGGAAAAUGAGGAGGAAGAACCUCAAAUCGCCGGAGAGCCUAGUAGUAUUGUGCAAGCACCAGGUGGCGACACUCUUAGGAGGAAUUUCCAACAAAUACAAGAAGGACGCACUCUAAGUCAGGCAGUAGAACCGCCCCCAAGAGGUGGCAAAAAGGACAAAGAAGAGAUCCCUGAGCCAGGCCCACCUGCUAGACCUUCCAUACCACCCAGAACCAUCGUGGUACCCGAACCAGCGGCGCCACCUAGAAGACCCCUGCCACCCCCUCCAGACAACAAUUUCGCCGCCUCCAGAUCUCAACAACAACAGCAACAACAGAGGCAUUCACAAUCACAAAACAUGUUUAAACCUAUGGGUCCUGCACGCAAGCCUGAGGAGUUGGACGCGCUAGCCGCCCACCUAAACGAAUUGGGCAUACAGCCGGAAGCGCCGCCUAGGAACAACCGCAACAACAAGCAGUCGCAGUCGGCGGUGAACAACAACGUUUCCACCCCCAGCUCGGCCAGCAACCAUUCGACCCCGAACCAGGCCAACAGCGGAAACAACAUCGACAGUCUGGUCGACAGCGAGAGCGAUUCCGAGCCGGAAGACAACGGGAGAGUGAGGAACGACGGCACGCUACUGGCCAGCGACCCCCCCAAGCCACUGGCCGGCCUGGGCGCGGUGCCCGAGAGCUCCGCGGGCGUAUCUAGUCCGGGGGCGACGGGGGGCUCCGGUUCUUCCUCCGGAAGCGCCCCCAACCGCCCCUUGCCCCCCACCCCCGACGACGACGAAUCGCAAGGCGACAAAACGCUCGUGCUGAGAAAGUUGUCGGCCAGUCUGUCAAAAAAUGUCGAGGAUAUAGACGAGGCAACGCUGCUGAAAGAUUGGGAUUUCGAUAAGUUUUUCCCGAGCAAAAUGGCGAACGGACAGCAACCUAAAAGUAGCACGCCGAAAUCGAAAAUCGAAGAGAAAGGGCACAGAAGGAUGGAGAGCGACUCGAAAAUAUCGAACCCGUUUUUCCGCGGGUUCCGACGGGAGAACUCCGACUUUUUCCCGAUGAGCUCGCGGCACUCCGCGAUUUUCAUCGACCAAAAGGCCCGAAGCUCCGGCAUUUUUAACAGGCGCGGCUCCGACGCGGGCGUAAACAAGAAGGGCGAGCCCGUCUUGAUGGACUACGUGAAGAGAACGCAAUCGCCGACCAAAGGCGUCGUAAAUAGCGAGGCGAAGAGCAAAAACUUGUUCAAAGAGAGCUUCAUGCGGCCGCGCAGGGAAAAAACCGAGUCGGACAUCGUGCUGCGCAAUUCGGAGGCGCGCAGAAGCAUCCGCGAGACUCUGGAGGCGCGCAGGAAAGACAUGGAGAAUCGCUUUACCCGCGAAAUCGAGUCGAUACGCAGGCGCAGCGCGCGCCCGUCAGAUGGCAGCACAAUGAAUCUGUCCACCGGGACUAGCUCUUCCAAUGAAGAGGGAUACGUUUUCACGCAGAACGGACGAAGUGGUGAGCAUACAAGGCAAAGUAGCGUUCUACCUGAUCUUUUGAGUCAAGCGAGUGGUAGCCCUGGCACGCCAUCUGCCAGGGAAAAAUCUUCUAGUGAGGAGCCCCACAUUUUCCCUCGCGAACACGCCACCCCCAUUUUGCACGCUAAUGCUCUCGCUUUGCAACAGAAGCAGCGUUCGUUCCUGGCAUUCGGAUUCGGCGCCAGUUCGCAGCCGUCGCGACGCGAGUCUCACGUCAACGUGAACGUGACGCCGACGUCGCACGACAUCACCUCGGACACCCCUGAAAUCAGGAAGUACAAGAAGCGGUUCAACAGCGAGAUCCUAUGCGCCGCCUUGUGGGGCGUGAACCUUUUAAUCGGCACGGAACACGGGCUAAUGCUUUUAGACAGGAGCGGUCAAGGUAAGGUGUAUCAGUUGAUAUCGAGGAGGCGGUUCCAGCAAAUGGAGGUGCUCGAAGGGCAAAACAUCCUGGUUACGAUUUCCGGAAAGAAAAAUAGGGUCCGAGUGUACUACCUAAGCUGGCUGAAGAGCAAAAUUUUAAGGACUGACGGUGUCAGCGACCAAGUGGAACGUAGAAACGGCUGGAUCAACGUGGGCGAUCUUCAGGGCGCGGUUCACUUCAAAAUCGUGAAAUACGAACGCAUCAAGUUCCUGGUGAUAGCGCUGAAAGACAGCAUCGAGAUAUACGCGUGGGCGCCGAAGCCCUACCACAAGUUCAUGGCCUUCAAGUCCUUCGGCGAACUGACGUUCAGGCCGCUGCUGGUGGACCUCACCGUGGAAGAGGGCACCAGGUUGAAGGUGAUCUGCGGAAGCUCCGACGGCUUCCACGCCGUAGACCUGGACUCCGCCAACGUCUACGACAUCUACAAGCCUAAACAUAUACAAGGGGGUAUAAGUCCGCAUUGUAUAGUUGCGUUGCCUAAUACCAACGGUAUGCAGCUGUUACUUUGCUACGACAAUGAGGGGGUUUACGUGAAUACCUACGGGCGUAUAGCCAAGAAUAUGCUUCUACAAUGGGGCGAGAUGCCCACAUCAGUGGCGUACAUCGGCACCGGGCAGAUAAUGGGCUGGGGCAACAAGGCAAUAGAAAUCCGUUCGGUGGAAUCGGGCCACCUGGACGGCGUGUUUAUGCACAAGAAGGCGCAACGCCUCAAGUUCCUCUGCGAGCGCAACGACAAGGUCUUCUUUUCGAGCGCGAAGAGCGGCUCGAACUGUCAAAUUUACUUUAUGACACUCAACAAGCCGGGCAUGGCCAACUGGUAAAGCGGCGCGCACGCGCACCAAGCACUGCCCGCUGGUUACAGUCCCCUGGCAAUUUUUCGGACUGGCUCGCGUAUUUACUUUAAUUUUUGGGGGUUUGUGGUUUAGUCGAUAUCUUCUCGCAAAAAUACAUUUUUAAACUGCAAAAGUGUUUUUGUUUUAAUGGAAUUGCGUUAAAAAUGCGUAUCAGGACGAUAUUUUGGGAUGAAAUAAUAUAGAAUAAAAAAUAGUGAUGGAAAAUUGAAAAUAUCUCGAAAACAGUACUGUAUAGAAUGUUGAAAUUUUAACACAUUAUUCUUAAUGAUAUCAUUCAACUUUCUACCAAAUUGCUAUAAUACUUUCAAAGUUAUACGCAAAAAUGUGUCAAUAUCAACUUUUUCCUUCAUUUUCUAAAAUUGUGGAGUAUUUUAAGUUUUGAAGAUGGAAUGUGAAAAAUUACAAUAAAAAUAUUAUUCUUUAACUAUAUUCCAAAUUUUAUUAAUUUAGCACUAAUAUUUUAAAAGUUAUAUGCAAAAAUGUGUCAUAAAAAAUUGGUUUGUGUGAAUUUUGAAAAUUGUAAAUAUCUCAAAAACAGUAAUGUAUAGAAUGUUGAAAUUUUAAGAAAUUUUUAUUAAUGACAUCAAUCAACUUUCUACCAAAUUGGUACCUUCUAGCUAUAAUACUUUCCAAGUUAUAUGCAAAAAUGUGUCAUUAUCAACUUUUUCCUUCAUUUUCUAAAAUUGUGGAUUAUUUCAAGUUUUAAAGAUUAUAUGUUAAAAUAUAAAAUUUCCACUGCUAAUAUUCCAAAUUUUAUUAAUUUAGCACUAAUAUUUAAAAAGUUAUAUGCAAAAAUGUGGCAACAAAAAAUUGGUUUGUGUGAAUUUUGAAAAUUGUAAAUAUCUCAAAAACAGUUGUGUAUAGAAUGUUGAAAUUUUAACAAAUUAUUCCUAAUGACAUCAUUCAACUUUCUACCAAAUUGGUACGUUCUAGCUAUCAUGCUUUCAAAGUAAUACGCAAAAAUGUGUCAAUAUCAACUUUUUCCUUCAUUUUAGAAAAUUGUGGAGUAUUUUAAGUUUUGAAUAUGGAAUGUUAAAAUUUACACUAAAAAUAUUAUUCUUGAACUAUAUUCAAAAUUUUAUUAAUUUAGCACUUAUAUUUUAAAAGUUAUAUGCAAAAAUGUGUCAACAAAAAUUUGGUUUGUGUGAAAUUUAAAAAUUGUAAAUAUCUCAAAAACGAUAAUGAAUAAAAUGAUAAAAUUUUAAUAAAAUAUUCUUAAUGUUAUCAUUCAACUUUUAACCAAAUUUCUAAUUUCUAGCUAUAAUACUUAUACGCAAAAAUGUGUUAAUAUCAAAAUUUUGCGACUUAUUCGGCUCAUUUUUGCAAUAAAACUUUGAUUACACCAUGGUUGUAAUCAAAUUUUUUUUGUGAUAAAUUCAAUUUUAUCGAUCUUAAAGUUUUUUUAACGCGAUUUCAUUAAUCACUUCUGUAGUUCAGUUUUGUGAGAGGGUAUUGAUUAUUUUACAAAUUUACAAAAUUAAAGAAAGUCCAAUAAAUUGGCCAGGGGCUGUAUAUAUAUAUAUAUAUAUAUAUAUAUAUAAAUAUACAUAUAUACCUAUUAUAAGCGCCAUCUAUAGUUGUACAGUUAAAUUAAAUAUAAAAAUACGAUUAACUAAUAAACAACAGCUGGAAAAUUUGGACCCUCUAUUUUUAGGUUUAGUGAACAAUUCAGUGAGUUUCCUUUAAACUUUUCAUUGGAUUAUUAUCAUUAUUUAUUAUUUUGUAGGGUAGCUUUUUUAUAUAUUCGUAAAAAAAGUACAAUAUUAUUUUACAAACUGAUUGUUCUCGGCUUCGAAAAAAUAGAAGGGGAGCUCUGUACGGUAGAAACACGUCGUGUAGGUUUUAAACUGGGAGAAUGGUUAUUAUUAUUACAGUACAAUUACAUUGAUCAAAAGUUUUAAGGAAAUAUUCAACUUUUAAACAGAAAAAAGAAUGGUGCGGUAAGUAUCUUUUUGCAGAAAAACACAAAUUUGUAACUUUUGGUCAAAAAGUUAAAAUUUUAUUUUAAUCUGUUUAAGAGUGGAGCAUUUUCUUGUUGUCCUUGCUGGAAUCAAACCUAUGUUUAAUUUAUUAGUACUUAAUUAAUUAAAAUCAUCAUCUUAGAGUUCUUUUUGUACAUUUUACCGAAAACUGACAAUUUUAAAUAAAGUGAAUUUUAUUUAAAUUAUUGACAGCCCUUAGAAACUCCACUUUGAUUCCAACAAGACAAAAAUGUACAAUUUAGCAAUAAACCGAUUUUUUUUUGUAACCCUAUUUGUGUUUAGUCUGUGUAUGUUUUUGUAUAAAUUUAUUUGGAGAACGCGCAUUUAAAAAAAUCAUUGGUGCCAACCAAGUGUUAGUGAAAUGAUAAAAUGCUCACUAAACUAUAGAUAAGUAAUAUUAUUGGUAUGUCUGUGACUUGUCUUUUUGGACGAGUUACCGACAUCGUUUUUUGUACAUACAAAAUUUAUAAUGCAAGUAGUAAUACCAGCACAGUAAAAUUAAUAAAGAAAACCAGUCUCUAUUUGUUCUUAAUUUUUCCCAUAGUUAUUUUAUAAAAUUUGCACAUAUACAUGUUUAUUAAGUUAUGCAUUGUAUAGUUGAUUUAUUAACCAUUUUUCGGUUACUAAAUGAACUAUACAACACAAACUAGUUAUAUUUAGUUUUUUUACUAUAGUUUUGCUUAUAUAAAGACUGUUGAUGUAAUUUUUUAAAUAUUAUUUCGAAAACAAACUUCUAUAAAUAUUAUCAUUUAAUAAAAUAAAUGUUAUGGAACACAAAUCACCCCUACUUAUAAAAGUCACUCAAACCAAGUUGUCUAUAUAAAAAAUAAACUGUUGUUGUGAUAUAAAUAUAAACACUGAUACUGCUGGGUGUUUUGUGUUGCUGCAGGUGAGGUAAAAUAAAUUGGAAAUGUUUAUCCACUGUAUAUACUGGAUUUUUUAUAUAACUUAAAGAGUGGAUAAGUGUUUUUCAUCCCCGCGCAUUUCUAUGUGUAUGUCAGCGCGAUACUUUGCAUAUAAUGCAUGUCUUUUUUAUUUGUAAGUCAUUCUAUACCUACUUAAUCGUUUUUUUGUUUAUAUUUUCCAAAGAGAUGGUAUUAGUGUGAUUUUUAAUUAUAGAAAUAAUU